GAGAGGGAGGAAUUAUUCGGCGAAAGUGCGCGUGAGACACCCACGCAUAGAACCGGAUCCUGAGAGAGAUCUGAAGGGAAAAUUGAAAAAAAAAAGAGAGAGAGAAAAGCGCACUAUUUGUCCCCAAAUGUAGCAGCGGCCGGAAAACCAAAUCCCAGCAAACGAAGACGGCGGAACAAAUCAAAACAAACCAUCGCCUCCUCGUGGCAACGGAGGGGAAAAGCCCUUCAAACACGAGUGCCCACACAUCAUCCCCAACCCCACCCCGUGAAGGCAAGUCGCGAGAUCCGACGAGAAGCCUCUCCAAUCCAGCCACAUUGCGGCAGAUCGGAGAUGGCGCCGCAGCUGGCCGGCGCGCCCGGGUCGGCGGGGGCGGCGGGCGGCGGCGCGGCGGCCGUGAAGCCGCAGUUCCACCACUUCCACCACCACCGCCUCGCCACGCGCCACCACCACCACCCCCCCUCGCCGUCGUCGCUCCUCUCCAAGCUCGCCUUCUGGUCGGUCUGCUCCCUCUCGCUCCUCCUCGCGUUCCUCCUCCUCUCCCCCUCCGCGGCCCCCGCCCCGCGCGUGGCGCCCGACUCGCCCCGCCGCUCGCUCCACGCGUCCUCCCCCUCCGCCGCCACCUGGGGCGGCGCAGCCUGGGAGAAGAAGGUGCGGGCCUCCGCGCGCGUCAGGAGGGCCAACGGGCGGGGGCUCUCCGUCCUCGUCACGGGCGCCGCGGGCUUCGUCGGCUGCCACGCGGCCGCGGCCCUCCGGCGCCGCGGCGACGGCGUGCUUGGGCUGGACAACUUCAACGAUUACUACGACCCCGCCCUCAAGCGGGGCCGCGCCGCGCUCCUCGCUCGCUCCGGUGUCUACGUCGUCGACGGCGACAUCGCGGACGCCGAGCUCCUCGCCAAGCUGUUCGACGUCGUGCCAUUCACUCACGUCCUCCACCUCGCCGCGCAGGCGGGCGUGCGGCACGCGCUCGUUGACCCGAUGUCCUACGUGCGCGCCAACGUCGCCGGGCUUGUGGCGCUGCUCGAGGCGGCGCGCAUGGCAGAUCCCCAGCCGGCGAUCGUCUGGGCAUCGUCGUCUUCAGUGUACGGCCUCAACUCCCAUGUGCCUUUCUCCGAACAUGACAGGACGGACCGACCUGCGUCUCUGUAUGCAGCGACUAAGAAGGCCGGCGAGGAGAUCGCUCAUGUCUACAACCACAUCUAUGGGCUCUCGCUCACGGCGCUACGAUUCUUCACUGUGUAUGGACCGUGGGGGCGCCCCGACAUGGCGUACUUUUUCUUCACCCGGGACAUUCUUGCUGGCCGGCCAAUCACCGUGUAUGAAAGUGCAGGUGGAGGCGCGCACCAGACCACCAUUUCCCGGGAUUUCACCUACAUUGAUGACAUUGUGAAGGGGUGUAUUGGGGCAUUGGAUACAGCAGGGCGUAGCACAGGCAGUGGAGGCAAGAAGAGAGGGCCGGCACCAUUCAGGACAUACAACUUGGGGAACACAUCUCCCGUGCCAGUGACGCAGCUGGUGGAUUUACUGGAGAAGCUGCUCAAGGUGAAAGCUGUGAGGAGGAUUGUCAAGAUGCCAAGGAAUGGUGAUGUGCCAUACACACAUGCUAACAUCAGCCUUGCUCAGCGGGAGCUUGGGUACCGACCAUCAACUGAUCUUCAAACAGGCCUUAAGAAGUUUGUCCGGUGGUAUCUUGAGUACUACAUGCCUGGGCUUGCUGAUAAGCAGAAGCAGCAUGGCAGUAGCAAUGGCAAGGCUUCACGUGGUCGGAGUGGCAGCACAAGCAGCGCAAGAUGAUUGGAUACUCAAUUUCUUCAUGGCCUUCUUCUGACGAAAUGCCCAAUCAGAGCUGGAAGGUCUUUGUGGCAGUGGCAACUGAGAUGAUUGUUAUGCGUUGAUUAAAACACCAAUGCAGGUUUGUCAUGCUCUGUUUUGAACUAUUGAUGUGUACAAAACGAUAUCAUGUACCAGAAUACCUGUAAUGUGGUGCCUUUAGCACUCUGUAACAGAAAUUUUUGCAAGGGACGGUAAUGCAGAAGAUCGUUGUAACAAGGCUCUGUGAAAGCACAAUCUGAGCUCAAAUCAAAAGUGUUUAUACUUCAUUGUCAUGGUGUAGUUCCCUCGUUGUUGCUUGUAUGAUGGUCAGGCUACUGAGUAAUAAGACAUGGCAUCGCAAUUGUUGCUGAUAUCCCCCCAUGGUUUCAUGAUUGUGAGACUUCAGGCAUGUAUCUUCGGGUUGUGUUAAACAGGGUCCGUCUUUCAGACGCCCUUAUCCAGCAUCUUAUGAUAUGCAAAUACUAUAUCAGCUCCAAGUGUUUGCCAGGUUGCGUGAAUCGUAUGUUUUAUAAACAGAACAAGAAUGUGUGUAUGAAUCAGGUCAUGUAUGGGCAGCUGCUUGUUAUCAAGACAACAUUGUGCCAAACCUAUGGUUCC